GAGUUCAAAGUUAUACGUUUUAUUAUUACUGGUGAAAUUGUUUCCAACAAAAAUAUUCUAAUUACAAAUAAGGCGUAUGAUAUAUAUAUUUCUACCAACCUAUAUAUUGAAUAUGUCGGUCUUAAACAAAGAUUUGACUUUCUCUAUGGUAACACUGUCCCUUCUCGCGUUCCGUAUAAUUUUUUACAGCUCACGCUGUUGAUAUACGGCAGUCGGUGUGUUUUCGGCAGCGUGAGUAGACGUGAGAAGUGAAUUCACUGCCACUAUCCGUGAAUUUAUCCUCGGUCAUUUGCUCUUUAAAAUGCACCAACGACAUCUGCCAGCGUCUCCAAACUGGUACUGUUCACGUUGCAGUGACAUAAAUGGAAAGGGAGUGCUGGGUUUUGGAGCAAAGAAUACAAUUUAUCUACUAAAUGUGACUGCAGCAUCUCCAGCAGUAACAGGUGAACUCACUGGGCACACUGAAAGAGUUUCUGGUUUUGCAUUUUGCUCCCAUGAUGGACAAGAACACAUUUGUGCUAGCACUUCAGAUGAUAAGACAGUCAAAGUCUGGGAUGCUGAGCAGAAAAUUCUGCUGAAAGAGCACAGUGUCCACCAAAGCACCAUCUCUGCAGUCCACUGGUCUCCGGUGCAGAAACUUCUUCUAGUCACCGGAGAUGAAAAGGGCAUUGUGGUGUGCUAUUGGUUUAGCACUAAUGACACACAGAGCUUCUUCCCUGAACCUCGAACAAUCUUCUGCUUAUCCUGCUCUCCACAUGAGGAAAACUACAUUGCAGUGGGGUAUAAGGAUGGAAUGAUAGUAGUGAUAGACAUCAGUAAGAAAGGGGAGGUAAUCCAUCGGCUGAGGGGGCAUGAUGAUGAGAUUCACGCAUUGGCAUGGUGCCCCCAACCCAGAGAAGAGCCUCUAUGUGGGCGAUUGGAAGACAACACAGAUGGAAGCAAUGGGGUGACGCAAGGAGCAGAAAUGGGGUGUUACCUGGCGUCAGGUAGUCGAGAUCAAACUGUGCGAAUAUGGAGCACAGCCAGAGGAAAAGGUGUAAUGACCCUGAAGCUUCCCUUCCUGAAAAGACGAGGACUAGGAGUUGAUCCAACAGUGAAGGAAAGACUCUGGCUGACUGUCCACUGGCCUAAGGGGAGACCUUCACAGAUUGUGUCCAGCUGUUUCGGUGGUGAGAUCAUAAUGUGGGAUCUCAAGAAGUCAGGCAAGCAGAAGUGGAAUCUGCUGGGCAGUUCCUCAGAUGGUCAGAAUCACAGCCGUAUCGUCUUUAACAUGAGCUCAUUUCACUCUGGGGACAGAGAACUUCUGCUCAGUACCUCAAUGGACAGAGAGAUUAAGUGUUGGGACCUGGCAUCUCUGGAAUGCUGUUGGACUCUGCCCACUCUGGGUGGGUUUGUGUACUGUCUCAGCUUUUCUUCAGUUGGCACCGGCUGCCUGGCUCUAGGCGUCGGGGACAGCAUGAUCCGGGUGUGGAACACCCUGUCUAUUCAGAACCAAUAUGACAUCAAGACAUUCUGGCAAGGGGUCAAAUCUAAAGUCACAGCCUUGGCAUGGCAUCCACUAAAAGAGGGCUCUCUGGCGUUUGGUACAGAUGACGGUAAAGUGGGCAUCUAUGAGGUUUACUCUAACAAGCCACCUCAAAUCUCAAGCACUUACCACCGCAGAACCGUCUACUCCCUCUCAUGGGGCCCUCCUGUGCCGCCCAUGUCUUUUGGGGGAUCAGGAGACAAGCCAUCCUACAGCUUAUACAGCUGUGCCGGAGAGGGGGUCAUCUUCCAACACGACCCCUGGAAGCUCUCAGGGGAGGCCAGUAACAUUGACAAACUUAUCCGAGACACCAACAACAUCAAACACAAGAUCCCCCCUCAUACAGACCUCAGCUGGAAGCCGGACGGCAGUGUUUUGGCCAUUGGAAAUGAAGAUGGGUCCAUAGAGGUAUUGAAGGCUCCCACGCUGAAGCUCUUGUGCACAGUGCAGCAGCAUCAUAAGAUUAUUAAUUCACUGCGUUGGCAUCAUGAACACUCCUCUCAGAAUGAGCUGCAGUAUCUGCUGGCGUCCGGCUCCAGUAAUGCCAUAGUCUAUGUCCAUGACCUAAAGAGCGUCAUUGAAACUCCAUCAGAGAGUCCAGUGCUGAUGACGGAACCUUUUAGAACUCUCUCUGGUCACACCAACAAAAUCACCAGCCUAGCAUGGAGCCCCCAUCAUGAUGGCCGUCUGGUGACAGUGUGUUAUGAUGGAACUGCUCAGGUGUGGGAUGUGCUGAAAGAGGAGCCGGUGUGUAACUACAGGGGUCACUCAGGCCGACUACUGUGCGUGCAGUGGUCCACUGUUCACCCAGACCUAGUCUGGACCGGUGGAGAUGACUUCACCCUCCAUGAAUGGGCCGUAUCCAAGCAGGAACACGUCACACCUCCGAAGACUAAGAAACGUAUUGAGAUCGAGAAAAAGAGAGGACCGCAGAAAAAGUCCAAGAAGAAAAAGAAGGCACCAGAAAAAGGAGGGAUGAAGGCAGAAGAAAGGGAAUUGCCUUUAGGUGAAGAAAUUAAAGGAGCAGCAGGCAGUGGAGCAGAAGAGGGCCAAUCAGACAAUGUCGAGGAGGAAGAGGAGAGGGAGAACACAGACGGUCCAUCCGUCACGGGCUGGUCCAGAGAGAGCAGUGUGGAUACACGUGGCACUGAGAGGGUUCAGAAUGGAGAAAAGUUCAGUCAUGCAGUUAAAAGGGAAGUCAAAGAGGAUAAGAAAAGAGAGAAACCAGAUCUGUCUUUAAAAAAGAGAAAGCCACGCUCCAUUCUACCGUUGAGUACUUCUAUGGAUCACCGACCCAAAGAGGAACUUCAACAGGACUGUCUGACACUCGCAGCUGUAAGAUACUCACAUGGGCAAAGCGGCGCAUGUGUUCCAGGAUCUGGAGAUCAUAUUCAGCUUGGCCUGUUCACAGACAGGGAUGCCCUCUACAGGAUGUUUCAGGAGGAAGAGGAGAGCCACGUGGAGGCUGGUCAUUAUGACUCGAUGGUUUAUCUGAGGCUGUGGAAAGGAGAUCUGAUUGGAGCAAUAAAUCUUGCUGCAGAGAAAGGAGAACUGACUGACCAUCUCCUCAGUUUAGCUCCAAUGGCUGGCUAUCAGGUGUGGGCCAGGACUGUAGAGGUGUAUGUGAAGCAGCUCUGCCACCACGAGCAGUUCCUCAAAGCAGCAUCACACCUCGUCUCCAUCCAUAAACUCUAUGAGGCCAUCAGCCUUCUGAAGAGCCACCAGUUCUACCGGGAGGCCAUAGCUUUAGCAAGAGCCAGACUCCAGCCGGAGGACCCUGUGCUGAAAGAUCUCUACAUGAGCUGGGCUGCAGUGCUUGAAAAGGAUGGCCAUUAUGCUACUGCAGCAAAAUGUUACCUUGCCGCAGACUCUAACUUUGAUGCAGCUAAAGUGAUUGCCAAGAAGGGGGAUGUGAUAUCGCUAAGGACUGCAGCUAAUCUGGCGCAGAUAUCAGGAGAAAAUGAGCUUGCACAUUCUCUCUCUCUGAGGUGCGCCAAAGACUUGAUGCUCUUCCAGGACUGGGCUGCAGCACAGGAAGUCCUGAGGAUGCAAGACUCCCUUUUGGGUCACAGACUGGUGUUCUGUGUUAAUGAGAUCCUCAGUCAGAGGCUGGCAGAUGCAGAUGUGGUCACCUGGAGUGUGGCUUCUUCACACACCUGGUCUAAGUCAUGUGAUGAGAACUUCCUCUCCAUGGUGCACAGAGUGUGGCAGAGUGAGUUUGAAGUGACGGCGGCUGACCUGGUCAAAGUGAAAACGCUCAGUCAACAGCUGAGAGCCAUUGAGAAUCCUCCUGCCACCACUAGUGUUCCUCUGAAACAACUCUUAUUUCACAUCUCAUUGGACGUAACACUGUGUGCUUUGAGUCAGCUGUUGUGUGAUUGGCCAUCUGUUCUAGAGGAUCUGCUGCGAGCUCUCACUCGAGGUUCUGAGGUGGGACACUUUACGCUAAUGACGGAGGUGUGCCAGCUGCUUCUGACACAAGGUUUGGAGUCUGUGACAUUCUAUAAACAGAAACUAGACCCAACUGAUGAAAGAAGCUUGGUAAUUUCUGAAAGUGUGGAGGCGUUUGUCUGUUAUCAGCUCAUGUACAAGAAAUGGUGGAACUACAGUGCUGAAACAUCAGCUUUGACCAAUAACACCUUCAGCAAUGGUGACUGUUUAACGGAGAAGAACCACAGUGAAGUUGAAGCAAACCGAAACGGUGAAGCUCAAUCUGAUGCGAUUUUCUCUGAGGGCUUCUGGAAGGUUCUUCUCUCUGAACCUCACGCCAAUCUUCAGGCCACCCAGAGAGCCAUAGAAGAGAUUCAGAGGAGAGUCACUAGCCUCAUUCAACAGCACAGCCAGCGUAAAGACUCUCGUGAGAGCCCACAGGCACUUAGUACUCCUCAAUCUGAAACUUCAGAGGAACAUGGAGGACCUUUGAGUGGGAAAAGAAGUGAAUCUCUCUCGGCUCUGACUGCCCAGGUUGCUGAACACCACAAAGCGCUCACUGCGAUUCCUGAGCUUGUCAAAAAAUACUCAUUUCCAGAUGUCAUGGAAUGUUGUAUCGUCCUGCUGUACAUGGGAAAACAUCUUAAUCCAUUUCCCCAGCACAUCUGCUCCAUGGCAGCAACUUUGUUGCGCAAAUAUGGAACUACAGAAUCACUCUGUAAGGCCUGGAAGAGACUGACACAAUAACAGUUAUAGCACUUACAGUUGUUUGAUAUGUAAAAUUCACUUGACUAACGUAAUAAAAAAAAAAAUCCCCCACAAAUUACUGUUGUUACUGAAGCAAUAGAUCCUAUAAUUCAGGAAUUAUACAAUGUUUUUUUUUUUUGUCAGCCAUACAUCUUUGACUUAAAAUGUUUAUUUGAUGUAUGCCAAGAUUUUAAAUUAUUUCAAUAAUUUAAUAUAUUUGCACGUUCAUGCUUUGCUGUAGGUUAUCACAUGACCAAGUGGUAAAUAUAAAAUAUUUAGUCUUAUUUUUUUACACUUUUGUAAUUUAUGAUUAGCUUUUUAUCAACACACAGCCCAGUUUUAUAUAUGCUAUUUUAUUUUUAUAUUCAAAAUUGUACAUAUAGGUUUUGCAGUGACAGAUCUUUCUCUGUACUGUGGUGUACAUUUAAAUCAAAAUGAUUGAGGAAAAAAAGUUGUUGUUGAUUGGAAGAUCUGAAUGCGAGCUUAGGUGUUCAUAAAAAAGGGGCGGAGUUUAACUAGACUAAAUGAUUUGAGAAGUCCAGCAUACAUCACAUUCCACUGAAAGUUGCAUGAAAAAUCAGAAGCUCAAAAGGAACUUGCACAGAUGAAUUAAUCAUAGGAUGGGUAGAAGGGUAAAGUUCCACUUCAUGUUGACUUUAAAAGCUGGAACAAAGGGUCAGUUUUCAGAACAGAUGCCUUGCAAGUAGACAUGAGACCACUGUGGCGAUAGAAAACAUUUUAAUACAUAACUGCCUCGAACAACAGAUACAAUAAAAACAUGUACCACAAACAGUCAAGAUUGUGAGACGAACACAUUUAAAACUGUUACAUAGGACCAGUGGACUCGUGUUCCCAAAGAUGCCCCAAACCUGAAUCUAAAAUGUAUUCCUUACAGAAAAACUGCUUAAAGAUAGUUUCAAUUUUAAUAUACAUACAUGCUGGCAUAUUUUAAAAACACAACCCCACAGUCAUGUGUACCGAUAGUGAGAGGGCAUUUCCUCUAAUCUCAGUUAUGAAUAAAUCUUGAGCCCUUCUAGAAAAUAUCAAAACAUUUCUAAAAGGACUGAGUAUUUUAAAAUGCCUGGAGUCUUUUAAGCCAUAAGAUACACAAGUGCUGGUCCCAUGCUUAAAACAAUGGUGUUUUUAAUACUGUAAAA